UUUGAGAAUGUUUAUGUGUAACUUCCCAAUCUACAGAAAUCUCGAUUCUCUGAAACACAAGAUAUUUCCCAUAUUCCAAUUAAAGAAAGGACCAAACUUGAGAAAUCUCUUGAGUUCCCAACCACCAAAAAUGUCAUCCAUGGCUUUCUCCACCACCUUCUUCACACCCAUCCAUGAUUUCAACCAUGCCAGAACACCCUCUUUUCCUUUCAUCAAAUCCUCCUUUGCUUCCUCCAACUCAACCUUUUUUCAUCCUUCCCUUUCCCUACAAACCUCAUCAACUUUUCCCAGGCUCUUCAUAAAGCCUAGGUCUUUCUCAGUUCAUGCAAGAGCUGCCACAGAAAAGACCAUUUAUGAUUUUACUGUCAAGGAUAUUGACAGAAAGGAUGUCCCUCUCAACAAAUUUAAGGGGAAGGUUCUAUUGAUUGUCAAUGUUGCUUCACGAUGUGGUUUGACGUCAUCGAAUUACUCGGAGCUGUCUCGUUUGUAUGAAAAGUAUAAGGAUCAAGGUUUGGAGGUUCUGGCUUUCCCCUGCAAUCAAUUUGGUAUGCAGGAACCUGGAUCGAAUGAAGAAAUUAAGCAGUUUGCUUGCACUCGAUACAAAGCAGAAUUUCCGAUUUUUGACAAGGUGGAUGUCAAUGGACCAUUUACGGCUCCAGUGUAUCAGUUUCUGAAAUCUAGUGCUGGAGGCUUUCUGGGGGAUCUUAUAAAGUGGAAUUUUGAGAAAUUCUUGGUUGAUAAAAAUGGUAAAGUUAUUGAAAGAUACCCACCAACAACGUCACCUUUCCAAAUUGAGAAGGAUAUUCAGAGGUUACUUGCUGCAUGAGGUUUGCAUUUCGGAACACAAACAAGAACUGUAUGUAGGAGCAUAAAGCGAGCGAUCUUGCACAAGGAGUUAAUACUUAAGACUGAUGAUGAGCUAUAAAUAUAGCCAUGUUAAUUACUUUGGUGUCCAUACUAAAGAAAUUACCAGUUUAGUGAAGAGAAAUUAUACUUCGUUUGCCCAAAAUGAUUCAUAUCAGUAUCUGUUCGUUCUGUUUUUUGUGGGAAAAUUCUCUGGCCAUUUAUAUUAUCCGAGUAAUAUGCUGUCAUUAUAACUUGAAAGAAGGUUAAAUAUAAAUUAUUUGUCAACUCUA